AUGGCCUCGCUUCAGUCCGGCGGGAUCCACAUGUGUGGAGGCUCCUUGAUCCGAGACAACUUUGUACUGACGGCGGCACACUGCGAGAAGGUCGACACUGUGGUGCUGGGGACACAUCGUCUGGACGAAGCCAACAAUGGGAUGAAAUACAGCGUGGCAAAGAAAUGCAAACAUCCAUCCUACGGCAGUGAAACUUUAGCCAACGACAUCAUGCUCCUUAAGCUGUCUCGAAAAGCUGAAGGCAAGAUCAAAACCAUUGGUUUUGCCAAUAAUGGCGGAGUCUCAGGAGACUGUGAGGUGGCAGGAUGGGGGUACACAGACAACACAAGCAAACAACCUUCGAAUGAACUGAAGAAAACUCAAGUCACUAUCAUCGACUGGAACAAGUGCAAAGAAGUCUGGACCAAAAUCCCGGACAAGACCAUCUGCGCCGGAGGAGCCAGCACCAAUACUGGAUUCUGUCAGACUGACUCUGGAGGCCCUCUGAUGUGCGGAGGAGUCGUGGUCGGCAUCGUGUCCCACAACGAGAAAGCGAAUAAAUGUGAUUAUUCAGAACGUUCAAAGAAUAAAUUCCCCAACGUCUACACGGACGUCUUCGCCUUCAGUCAGUGGAUCAAUGAUCAACUGAACGGAGAAUGUUAG